CUCACCAUGAACCACUCAGGGAAGAUUUCCUUCCUCUUCAGCUGCAAUGUCAGCCCAAGUGAGAUGCCACAGCUCGACAUAAGUGUCACCAAAAGUGAGCCGCUGACAAUUGCUGUCCCCAUGACCAUCUUCUACAGCAUCAUCUUCUUCUUCGGAGUCUUAUUCAAUGGUGUGAGCAUACUGACCCUCCUCAUGGAUGCUCAUAUGCGAGUCAGUGCCAUUCGUUUCUACCUUCUCAGUCUGGUCAUAUCAGACAUUCUGCAGCUGUCGACUAUUCCGGUAACUUUGUAUCGGUAUUACUGGGAGAGCUACCCAUGGCGUCUGGGCCAAGCCGUAUGCAAGGUCUACUUUAUGGUCCGCCAAGUGUACUGUGCCACCACAAGCUGGGUUAUUGUGACCUUCACCACUGAGCGCUAUGCAGCCAUUUGCCACACUAUGUGGUCUGUCUCCAGCCUGAAGAAGUCUCGGUUGCCGUGCCUUCUUUUAGUAUGGAUCAUUUCUCUGGUCUCAGCAGUACCCUUUGCUCUAGUCUAUGACCAGACUCGUGCCUGCAUCCUGGACUACAAAGCCACUACGAGAGAAGAUGCCUUCCAUGUCUCCACAAUGUGUGAGAUGAUAGAGCCUGAUCCUGCACACAUCUACAAAGGAGCUUUGCUCCUGAGAGCGGGGUUCUUCUUUCUGGUCCCACUGGUCGCCAUCUUCACACUUUAUCUGCUCAUCCUGCUCUACCUGAGGAGAAAUGGACGUCAAAGGAGAAACAUGGGUCUCAUGCGGCCGGAUCCAGAAGGAAGACGAGAUGUCCAGUGUCAUCAGAAUGGAAAGCUACUUUUAAAUGAAAAGCGGGCUCUAAAACUCAUGGGUGCAGUUGUAGUAGCCUUUUUUGUUUGCAACUUCCCAGACAUUGCAUCAUCAUUGAUGCAGGUCUAUGUGGUUGUGUGGUCAGAUACCGUCCUUUCAGUAUACACAAUCCUGAAAACGUACUUGUCCCUUCCACUGUGGUAUAUCAAUGGUGCUCUGGACCCACUGCUUUUCUGUAUUUCGUCACACACAUUUCGCAGGGCAUGCUGGAGAACACUGGGUAGGCUCAGGCCUCACUGCUACUGGAAGCAUAGGGGCAUGUCUUGGCUGCGGCAGAGAAGUUCUACUGAAGAAGCAAGCACACCACCCAGAGAGAUGAUUGAUGGAAAUGCUAUGGAGAGAAGAUGGACAAAAGGAGAAAUGAAGUCACUAACAAAUCAAAUCAGAGGGAUGGAGGUAGCACUGAUGAAAGCCCCUUUCAACAACAAGACUCUAAAUUGUGAGUGUUUAAAUUUUUAA